AUGUGGAACAUUCCAAAUUGUGUUGGUGCAAUCGAUGGCAAGCAUGUUGCAAUCAAGUGUCCAGCCAAGUCAAGUUCGAUGUAUUACAACUACAAAAAAUUCUUUAGCAUCGUUCUGAUGGCCGUUUGUGAUGCCAAGUAUACUUUCACUGCAGUAAGCAUCGGGAGUUAUGGUAGUCAGAGUGACGGAGGCAUUUUUCAACUUUCAUCGUUUGGACAGAACUUGAUGCAAAAUACUUUGCCACUACCGCCUCCCGCGCGUAUAUCUAUGGAAUCGCCCCAACCAUUACCACAUUUUUUCGUUGGUGAUGCUGCAUUCCCAUUGAGAACAAACUUGAUGCGUCCAUAUCCCGGUUUUAACUUACCAAGAACCAAGCGGAUUUUUAAUUAUCGCCUUUCAAGAGCGCGUAGAGUAACAGACAACAGCUUUGGAAUAUUAACGGCGCGAUGGAGAAUUCUUCGCACCACGAUUGAAUGUGACCCUAAAAAUUGCGAAAAAAUAGUGCUGGCCUGCAUUGUUUUACACAAUUUUAUAAUUUUAAACGAUCACAAUCGUUGGUAUUGCCCUGAAAAUUAUGUUGAUCGACUAGAACCAGGCAACAUCGUUCAUCGUGGGGAAUGGCGACGAGAAAUUAAUAGUGAUUCGUCAUUACCACGUAUACGGACUACAAUUCGGAGAGCCUCAACAAAUGCAUUUAAUAUCCGCGAUAGGUUUGCUGAUUAUUUCAUAAAUGAAGGAGCUUUACCAUACCAAGAUGACAUAGACCUUUCCAUUGGCGGACCCUACAUAUAA